AUGUUUCAAAAAAUAGGAACGAAAUUAAUAGAAAGAAGAACUUUUAGUCGAAUCAUAUUAUCAAAAGACAUUAAUUUUAAAAAAGAAAAAAAAAACUUUAGUUCAUUAUUUCAAAGAUUUAAUUUUAAUAAUUUAAGCUCAAAAAAUGACAUUCAUUUUUGUAUAGUACCAUUUAAUAGUAUAAACCAUUUUGUCAUUUCAAAAAAAAGUUUUGUUACAAAAAAUGAAUGGAUUCAAAAUGAAAAAAUUAUACAUGAAGACAAAUUUGAAAAAGCUAAUGAUGAAAUAAUAUAUGAUAAUAAGUCAAAUCAUUUAAAUGACAAAAUUAUAUGUGAUGAUAAAAUAAUAGAAGUAAAUGAAAAUAUAAUUACAAACACUAUAAAUAACAAUAAUAAUAAAAAUAAUAAUAAUGAUGAAGAUAUUAUAAAUACAAGUAGUAAUAUUUUAGAUAUAGAAAAUAAUAAAAUAAUACAAAUAAAUAACAGUGAAGAAAAUGAAAUACUUGAAAAAGAUUUAAAUAAAGACUUAGUAGAUAAAGAAAUCGAUCAAAAAAAAAAAGAAUAUUUAGUUUUAAUGUUUACUUGUAAUAUUUGUGAAAAAAAAAGCGCAAAAAAAUUUUCAAAACAAGCAUAUUAUAAUGGUGUUGUUAUUGUUAGAUGUCCUUCAUGUGAAAAUCUUCAUUUAAUAUCGGAUCAGUUGGGAUGGUUCCAAGAUGGAAAAACAAAUAUCGAAAAAAUUUUAGAAGAAAAAGGAGAAAAAGUUGUAAAAAAAUUCUCUUAUAAUAAUUUGUUAGAAGUUGAUGAUCUUUUAAAUGCAUACAAAUGA